UCCUCUGAACGUCGAUCAUGGUUUAGCCCCGCCUCGGGUGAAUCGAGUGACGCAAGCACGAGCGCAGGUGCACGGGAUCUGCAUCCAAACCGCACUAAAUAAACCUGCUGUUACGAUGGCCUCAGCCAAUGAUGCUCGCUAUGGACAAAAAGAGUCCGCAGAUCAAAACUUUGACUACAUGUUCAAGAUCCUGAUUAUUGGUAACAGCAGUGUCGGCAAAACCAGCUUCCUGUUCCGCUAUGCUGAUGACUCCUUCACACCUGCUUUUGUCAGCACUGUGGGCAUAGACUUCAAAGUAAAGACCAUCUAUAGAAAUGACAAAAGAAUAAAGCUCCAAAUAUGGGACACUGCUGGACAGGAGAGGUACAGGACCAUCACCACAGCUUACUAUCGUGGAGCUAUGGGCUUUAUUUUGAUGUAUGACAUCACCAAUGAGGAUUCCUUUAAUGCUGUUCAAGACUGGUCCACACAGAUUAAGACAUAUUCGUGGGACAACGCUCAAGUGCUUCUGGCAGGAAAUAAGUGUGACAUGGACGAUGACAGAGUAGUUGCUUCAGACAGAGGAAGACAGCUGUCCGAGCAGCUAGGCUUUGAGUUUUUUGAGACCAGCGCAAAAGACAACAUCAAUGUGAAACAGACGUUUGAGCGCCUGGUGGACAUCAUCUGUGAAAGGAUGUCAGAAAGUCUCGAUUCUGAUCUCAGCAUCACUGGAAACAAACAGGGACCUCAGCUAACUGAAAAUCCUGAGCGGUCCACUAAGGACUGCGCUUGCUAAGGAUCACAUCCCUGCAGACUGAACUCUAUAGAUGUAUCGUCUACACUAAAGAAAGGCUUUGGAAGAAGAUCUCAUGUGAGGUUGACAUCAACACAUUUUUGGUUUUCUCACGUAAACUUGUUAGCAUAAUAUGUGCUACUCUCAUGAUUUGAUCACUUGGCAGCGUCUUGAGAGCAGGCUUUACAUUUCAUAAAAUCAGACUGAUGGAUAUUUUGGGUUAAAGAAUUUCGAACAAAAAUACUGAAUGAAUCACAUCUUAAUUGUGGAACAGUAUAAGUUCUUCUUAAAGUUGAUGUGCAGUUUGUAUGUAUAUUUUAAGUUUUGUGAAGGUCAAAUAUAUGUAUAUUUAUACACAAUAUACAGUUUACAGCAGACUGACAGAAACUUUUGAUAGAAAGGCUCUGUCAGUCAGAUGGGAAUCUAAAGGUUUGGCACGCUAAUAAUUAAUUUGCUCUAUUUUACUUUCAGAUAGCACCAUGUUUCAAUAUACAGUAAUAUAAGAUGAUAUGAGAAUGAUUAAAGAUGUGGUAAUAGAUGUAAUUAGGAAGAGUUUAUAAAAGUAUGGUUAUUGCUUAAUGUUUUUGUAUGAAGGAAUUAAAUACUUAAAUAGAUUUUUCAGGAUUUUAGUGGUACAUUUAUGCACGAACUGGACUCAUUCCUCUCAGUUACUGUUAGGAAAACGUGUGAGUGUAUGCGUCUGUGUGCAUGGUAGUGUGUGUCAACCUAGUACGGCCUUUUUGUUUCUACAAACAUAGAGGAUUUUUGUCAUUCUGCAGCCCCAUAAACUUAAAAUAGCAGCUAGUGAGAUUCUGGAAAGUUGAAAAAAUUGUUUAAUACAUUAUUGACUACAGAUGCUCAUUUAACGCCUUUGUGUUUUAAAAUAUUAAAGAUUUAGAUUUGGUUAUGCAUAACUAGCUGAUCACUUGCGUCAGUUAAAUACUGUAUGUUUAUUUACUGUUUUGUUUAAUAAUUAUUUAUUUAAAUGCAUUUAUUGGUGUAUGUGUUUAGCAUUAAAACAAUUAAGGACAGUUUAUCAGAGUGAAGCUCUGCACUGAUCAAUUUUUUUGUGAUUUGUCAAAAACAAGCUUGGACCACGGAUGUUUUUCAAGUUGUGUGUUUAAAAAAAACUUUUUCAAUGUAACAAAAGGUGGAUAAAUGUCUGUAUAGCAUGUGCUGGUUCCCCUAUGCAAUUUAGAGCAAUUUAUGAGCUAUACCAAAUAGUCUUUGAAUAGGCAGGGACACUUGUGUGAACUUUUUGCAUAACUGAUAAGUACCUGCAUUUAUGCUGCAUUUAUAAUCAAUUGUAAACACAUCUCAACACACUGAGAUAUACAUUUUAUACAGAGAAAGUUACAUAUUCUGUAGAAGUCACUGUUAAAACCAUAUAUUAAAGAGAAGAUUUGGUUUGAUUUUGAUGCUUUGUUUGUCAUUUGCUUGGAGGUUCUUGUUUUUUUUUGUUGGUUGUUGUUGUUAAAUUGUAUGGUAGUUCCUUACCAUAUAAAAAUGUUCACUGGUUUCCAUAAAAAGAUAAGAAAAAUUAAAUUUUAGGUCAUAUACCGUCAUGUUGUUUUCACACUGAGCAGUAAAUGGUUAAGGCUAAACCACUGUAGCCUACUAGCAACUGAUAUAAACAGAACACUCAAUAUAAUACAUUUGGUUCAGAUUAAAAUAGCCACAUGCUUCAAUGUUUUGGUUUGAAUAAAAAAAUGUCUGUUUGCA